AUGGCUCUUACCCUCUCCUCAGCUACAGCUGCAUCGCAAGCAGUUACCGCUGCACCAAAUACAGACACAGCUACAUGGAACGCUGCUCCAGCAGAGGUUAAACCACGCCCGGCAAAGAAACGAGUCUUUCGGGCCGACGACAUACCCUUCGAGUGGAACAAACAAAUCUUUAGUGAUCAACUCCAGGAACGGUUCUCAGGCCACAAGCUCCGCGUCGACUCAUUCUACACACAUCCAACAGGUGAAACAAAUACUGCUUUGGUCACCUUCUACUCUCCUAUCGCGAGAUCACUGCCGUCUGAUGACGAACCGAAUCGUCGUGAUUGGGUUGAGCUCGGCAACGACGACCAAAUCGCCCUCGGCCCUUGUCAUGGACUGACGACUCUAUUUCAGCCUCAAGAUGGACAGUCACCAAGGGUUGAUGUUGUUUUCGUUCACGGACUGGGCGGUCAUCCGAUCGGGUCAUGGAUGGCGGCCAAUGGCAAAUUUUGGCCCCGCGACUUUCUUGGAAGCGACCUUGAGGGUGCUCGAGUCUUGUCAUUUGGUUACGAGGCGAAGUUGAAUAAAGACACCUCAACAUCCCAGCUUUCCGACUUCGGACGGCAACUUAUUGGCGAGCUUCCGGAGUUUCGAUCAAGUGCAGAGGACCAAGAACGCCCAUUGUUCUUUGUUGGUCAUAGCUACGGCGGCACUGUCAUAAGCUGGGUUUUGAAUGAGCUGUCUUCCAAGAAAGAUGGUAAACCUUCAGACGGUGAUCUCUUGAGGGCUAUCCGAUGCGCCACAUUUUUCGGAACUCCUCACUCAGGAAUGAGCGUUGAACCUCUUGAGAUUUUCACUCGCGCGUCGAAACGACAGAACAGCAGUAUGAUCCGGACUCUGGGAGAUCUGAAACCCAACUCAGAGCUCCUAAAAGUCCUGCAUGACCACUUGCGCCGUCUCUCUACAACUACUAAGAUUCGCGUAAUCUCGUGUGUGGAACAGAAACUUACUCUCGUGCCCAAAAUCAAUGACGAGGAUGAAGACAAAUUUUACCAACCCGUCGAUCUGAAUGCAGCGCGGACCUACGCCCAGACGGAAGACGAUUUCAUUCCUAUUCAUGCGGAUCACCGAGAGAUGGCUAGGUUCGACCGUAAAGCAGAUCCAAACUACCGACAAGUCCUUCGGCAGCUGAGACAGGCUCUGGAAGAGUGCAGAAAUUUUAUCGACACGUCGAGAAACACGAAAGAAGAUGAUCCUAUUCUAUGGAUCAAGGGAAACACAGGGAGUGGGAAAUCUACAAUCAUGAAAUACGCCGUUACACACUUACAAGCGAACAAUCGCCUCGCCAUCUCCUUCUUCUUCAGUAACAGAGGAUCGAAAGCUCAAAAUUCAGUCAAGAGCAUGUACCACUCUUUACUUCUGCAGGUGCUACAAGCAGCCGAGAGUGUCCCGAGCGAAAUACCUGUGCUGGAGCAAUGGAAACGGGAGCCAAACUUGACAUGGCAGACACCGGCACUAAGGGAGCUCCUAGAGGCCGUGAUGCCCCGUCUUGGCCGUCCGGUACUUUGUUUCAUUGACGCACUAGACGAGUGCGAAGUCGUCCAAGAGGUGGAAGCCUUUUGCCGUCGGAUGGCGCAGAUAGGCGCGAAGAAAGGGACCAUCUUCAGGGCAUGUUUCUCCAGCAGACACGACACUAAGCCCUCCACUCAGCAACAGCGGACGCUGAUCCUCGAGGAGCAAGAAGGUCACAAGCGGGACAUUCUCACCUACAUCGAACACAACCUUCCGAUUGGCCAAAGCGAGUCUGCGCGGCGCAUCUGCAAAAGCCUGCAGCAGAAAGCCUCUGGCGUCUUUCUCUGGGCCGUCGUUGCCGUCGAGGCUCUCCGCAAGGAGCUGGCCUACGGCCGUCCACCCAUGCUUCAACAGCGCCUCGACGAGAUGCCGUCCGAUCUCUGCGGACUGUACCAGCAUGUCCUGACGCGGGACAGCAACGACCCAAUGCUGCAUUGCCUCCGCUUGGUGCUCUUCUCGCAAAGGCCGCCCAGUCCGAUGAGCCUCUACCCUCUAGUCACGAUGCUGACCGCCGGUUCGGACGCUUUGAGUAUGCUGAGCGAUUCGUUUGGCCAGAGAGGGUCCAUCGAGGAUCGGGCACGAGACUUCCUCAUCGACGCAUCCGCAGGGCUCGUAGAGGUCGCUGGGCCGCAUGGAUCGGUCGUGCGGUUCGUCCACGCGUCCGUAUCGGAGUACCUCCGCAGUGAUGAGGCUAUCAGCCAGGUGUGGCGCGAAUCGCCGGAAACCUUCCUCGGCAAAAGCCAUGAUGUCGUGGCGGGCUGCUUUGGCAGUCUGAUUCAGAACGCGUUUGUUCCGGCACUGCGUGCUGUAGAGCACGGUGGAUACCUCGGCUGGCAGGAUGAUGAGGCGGGCUGCUUGGAGCGAGGAUCCGUCGAGCCCUACUACGACGAUCAGCCCGGGCAAGGCUUCGCGGCAGACGAGCUCUUCCUCCCCCACCACGGCACCGGAGCGGCCAUGCAGUACUACCACGACGCUGCUACCGACGCCAGCCACCACUCACACACUCUGCCUCCGCUGCCCCACCUACCGCCGCCCGACGACCCACUCUCAGCUGCGAUCCAGUACGCCGUCGAAAACAUCCUCCACCACUCCAACGCCGCCCAAAACGCCGGCAUCAGCCAAGUUGCCUUCCUGCAAUCCUUCCCGCUCCCCAAGUACAUCAACCUGAGAAACACGCUCUUCUCCGCAGCCCCCGAGCAGCACCAGCAGCAGCAACCAGCGCCCUAUGCCGCCGACACACCCCUCCUCCACGUCCUCGCCGGCGAGAACUCGCCCGCGCUUCUCAGCACCCUCUUAUCCGCCUCCUCUCACACGAACGAGUUCGACCGCAAAGAUCCCCACACCGGCCGCACGCCACUUGCCACUGCGGCGGCACACGGCAACGCCGACAUCGUCCGGCUGCUGCUGGCGAGCGCCGCCGUCGAUAUCGAGGCGAGGGAUGUGGAUGGACGGACACCGCUCGCUCUUGCUGCUGGAUGCGGGAGUACUGAGGUGGUGAGGCUGCUGCUCGAGAACGCUGUCAUUGACAUCGAGGCUGGAGAUGCCGAUGGGCGGACACCACUGGCGCUGGCGGCCUUCGGCAGAAGUGUCGAGGUCGUGCGGUUGCUUCUUACUUGCAAGGGAAUCAGUGUUGACGUACAAGACAAGCUGGGCCGCACGCCGCUCUCACUGGCGGCGCAGGCCGGCGUCGUCGAAGUCGUCGAUCUGCUGUUCCGGGCUGGUGCGGAUCCCAGGGCGAGUGAUGCGGGAGGGCGCAGUCCGCUGUCGUUUGCGGCGGAGGAAGGCUUCGUGGACGUGUGUAAGUUCUUGAUCGAGACAUGUCGGGUUGAUAGGGCUGAGAUGGAUGUCCAUGGCGCCGGUCCGCUCGAUUACGCGGAUUGGAGGAGGAGUUCGCUCGCGGCGGAAGAGCGUGGACUGGUUCCGGAGUUUGACGCCGUCAUCGCGAUGCUUAGCAAGGACAACUCGCAGCCGCGGCUCGUGGAGUCGUAUCAGGUGGAGCCACGGCAGCAGAAGCCUGCGAAGCAGAAGUUGCUGAGAUACGAAGAGCAUCGUCCGCAGCCCGAGGUUAAUCAGUUGCUUCUUGGUCAUGGGUUGCAGCAUCAUGCACCUUCGUAUCAUCACAUACCAUCACACCAUCAGCAGCCACAUUAUCAACACGUUCGUUCCCAGCCAGCGCCGCAGCACGCUAUGCCUUUCCCACAUGACGAAGUCUCUCAUUAUGAGCCACAAGUUCAGUCCACAGCCGACUGGCAAUACGACACCGCAUCGCCUAGCGUUUAUUCACCUGCUACUACGUGUGGUGAUCAUGAAUACGACGAUGGAGACCAUGGCGACACCCAUGUGGAAUAUCAUGACUAUGAUGAUGAAGGCGGACAUGAGGAGAAUGGACAUCAUGCGUAUGAAGGCGACGGAUAUGGACACGAUGAUGGCCAAGAUAGUGGAUAUGGCGAUGAGGAAGAUGGUCGUACAGACGACGGAUACGAUGACGAUGACAGUGAUGACGACGCACAUGGCGUUCGGCGUUAUUAG